AAAAAAAAAAGAAAGAAAGAAAGAAGAAACCUACGGUUGUUCUGUUCCUUUCAAUUUCACCAAGCUUUCAUCUUUGCCUUCAAUUCUAUUUUCAAUUCCUGAUUGAAUCUCUCCACCAAACCUAAAACGCGUAGCCCCUCCCCCUAUCUUUUUUAAUCACAGAAAAAAAAAUUCGAAAAAAAUCUAUACUUUAUGAUGAUCUAAAAGAUCUAAUCUCAGAUGUGUCUGAAACCUCCUUCGAUCGAAGAAGAAGAAGACAGAUGCUAGGAGCGAUUCACUUCGGAGUGUUAGCAGCUUGUUUCGUCCUCUUCGUCCCCAUGGCUAUGGCCGGCUGGCACCUAAGCAGACACAAGAUGCUCUUCUUCAGCGGCGCUCUCUUCAUCUCCCUCGCCGUCUGCGUCCACCUCACCCCUUACUUCCCUUCCGUCUCCGACAUCGUCGCCUCCGUCUCCUCCGUCGUCGUCUACGACCACCGCGUCUCGUGCAUCAACGAGGUGAACCAGAUCGUCUGGGACGUCAAGCCGAGACCUAAGAACACCACCAGCAGCAGCAGCAGCAACGGCUCGAGCUCGAACUUGAGUUGGGAUUGGGUGAAAUCGAGGAAGGUUCUGAGCUGCGAGUUUCAGAAGCUUGAUAAGUUCGAUGUCUCCGAGCUGCUGAACGGAUCUUGGGUUGUUGUGGCUGGGGACUCGCAGGCGAGGUUCGUGGCGUUGUCUUUGUUGAAUCUUGUUUUAGGUUCGGGCUCCGAAGCUAUGGGUUCGGUUAGAGAGGAGCUUUUCAAGAGGCAUAGCGAUUACAGCGUCGUGGUUAAGGAGAUUGGGAUGAAGCUGGACUUCGUUUGGGCUCCUUACGAGAAAGAUCUCGACGAUCUCGUCGUGUCUUACAAGAAGAGGAGCAAGUUCCCGGACGUGGUGAUUAUGGGAAGCGGGUUGUGGCAUAUGCUCCACGUCAACAACGCUUCUGAUUUCGGGUUUAGGUUGAAGGAGCUGAGGAGUCACGUGGAGUCUUUAGUGCCUGUGACGACGAAAGGCGGGUCGGUUUCGGGGAGGUCGAUGCAUAUGUUUUGGAUAGGGAUGCCGGUUUUGAUUAAUGGUAUGUUGAAUAGUGAGGAGAAGAAGGAGAAGAUGAGCGAUACGGUGUGGCAUGAGUAUGAUAGGACGUUAGGGGAGAGUAAGAUCUUGCGUCAGAUGGGAGGUCCGCUUAUCUUGCUUGAUGUGCAGUCUUUUACUUGGAACUGUGGACCGCAGUGUACGCUCGAUGGGAUGCAUUAUGACUCUGCGGUGUAUGAUGCUGCUGUUCAUGUAAUGCUUAACGCGUUGCUUAUCGAAUCUCAUCAAACCUUAUGAGAGAGAGGUCUAUGAUUGAUGAUGAUACAGGUUUUUUUUUCUUUUCUUUUUUUUUUUAAUUGUUUGGAGUUUUCUUUGUAGGGAGAAAUGGGAUGUGUUCAUAGGAGUUAUUUUUUUUUACAACACACGAUGAUCCUUUUUGGUCUAAAUGAUCUAAGUGAACUUUUACAUUCUUGGCUAUAGGUUUUUUUAUAAUGCACUCUUUUUAUGGUUUUUUGGUAACCCAUUGCUUUAAGCAUUUGAGAGUAAUAAUGUAAACAACAAAAUAGAUACAAUAGUGAUGUUUGUGUGAUCAC